AUGCUGUGUUGUGUCCCCACGCGUGUGGUGUCCCCACGCGUGUGGUGUCCCGACGCGUGUGGUGUCCCCACGCGUGUGGUGUCCCCACGCGUGUGGUGUCCCCACGCGUGUGGUGUCCCCACGCGUGUGGUGUCCCCACGCGUGUGGUGUCCCCACGCGUGUGGUGUCCCCACGCGUGUGGUGUCCCCACGCGUGUGGUGUCCCCACGCGUGUGGUGUCCCCACGCGUGUGGUGUCCCCACGCGUGUGGUGUCCCGACGCGUGUGGUGUCCCGACGCGUGUGGUGUCCCGACGCGUGUGGUGUCCCCACGCGUGUGGUGUCCCCACGCGUGUGGUGUCCCCACGCGUGUGGUGUCCCCACGCGUGUGGUGUCCCCACGCGUGUGGUGUCCCCACGCGUGUGGUGUCCCCACGCGUGUGGUGUCCCCACGCGUGUGGUGUCCCCACGCGUGUGGUGUCCCCACGCGUGUGGUGUCCCCACGCGUGUGGUGUCCCCACGCGUGUGGUGUCCCCACGCGUGUGGUGUCCCCACGCGUGUGGUGUCCCCACGCGUGUGGUGUCCCCACGCGUGUGGUGUCCCCACGCGUGUGGUGUCCCCACGCGUGUGGUGUCCCCACGCGUGUGGUGUCCCCACGCGUGUGGUGUCCCCACGCGUGUGGUGUCCCCACGCGUGUGGUGUCCCGACGCGUGUGGUGUCCCGACGCGUGUGGUGUCCCCACGCGUGUGGUGUCCCCACGCGUGUGGUGUCCCGACGCGUGUGGUGUCCCCACGCGUGUGGUGUCCCCACGCGUGUGGUGUCCCGACGCGUGUGGUGUCCCGACGCGUGUGGUGUCCCGACGCGUGUGGUGUCCCGACGCGUGUGGUGUCCCGACGCGUGUGGUGUCCCGACGCGUGUGGUGUCCCGACGCGUGUGGUGUCCCGACGCGUGUGGUGUCCCCACGCGUGUGGUGUCCCCACGCGUGUGGUGUCCCCACGCGUGUGGUGUCCCCACGCGUGUGGUGUCCCCACGCGUGUGGUGUCCCGACGCGUGUGGUGUCCCGACGCGUGUGGUGUCCCGACGCGUGUGGUGUCCCGACGCGUGUGGUGUCCCGACGCGUGUGGUGUCCCGACGCGUGUGGUGUCCCGACGCGUGUGGUGUCCCGACGCGUGUGGUGUCCCGACGCGUGUGGUGUCCCGACGCGUGUGGUGUCCCCACGCGUGUGGUGUCCCCACGCGUGUGGUGUCCCCACGCGUGUGGUGUCCCCACGCGUGUGGUGUCCCCACGCGUGUGGUGUCCCCACGCGUGUGGUGUCCCCACGCGUGUGGUGUCCCCACGCGUGUGGUGUCCCCACGCGUGUGGUGUCCCCACGCAUGUGGUGCCAUGGACGCAAGGGCAGCCUCAAGGGCGCCUAACGGAUGAGGGCAAAGGCAAGGAGGGCGGUGUGUGGGAGGAAGGAGAGCGGGCUUUGAGGGAGGAGAUGGGCGUGAAGGAGGAGAUGAGUGUGAGGGGGGAGAUGGGUUUGAGGGAGGAGAUGGGUGUGAGGGAGGAGAUGGGUGUGAGGGGGGAGAUGGGUGUGAGGGAGGAGAUGGGUGUGAGGGAGGAGAUGGGUGUGAGGGGGGAGAUGGGUGUGAGGGAGGAGAUGGGUGUGAGGGGGGAGAUGGGUGUGAGGGGGAAGAUGGGUGUGAGGGAGGAGAUGGAUGGGUGUGAGGGAGGAGAUGGGUGUGAGGGGGGAGAUGGGUGUGAGGGAGGAGAUGGGUGUGAGGGGGGAGAUGGGUGUGAGGGGGAAGAUGGGUGUGAGGGGGAGGUGGGUGUGAGGGAGGAGAUGGGUGUGAGUGAAGAGAUGGGCAUGAGGGAGGAGAUGGGUGUGAGUGAGGAGAUUGGUGUGAGUGAGGAGAUGGGUGUGAGUGAGGAGAUGGGUGUGAGUGAGGAGAUGGGUGUGAGUGAGGAGAUGGGUGGGAGUGAGGAGAUGGGUGUGAGUGAGGAGAUGGGUGUGAGUGAGGGAGGAUGUGGUUGCAUCGAGGGAUGUGGGCGGCAGCUGAACUUCAGGGAAGGGCUGUGA